CGCGAAAGAAAGAGGCUAGAAGGCGUGGGUUGCGAUGGGUUGACAAAGGAUGGUGGAUACCGGCCGAGGAUUGUGCUAGGUUGGAUGGUUGGGACCCAUGGCCGGAACCAACGGUGGCGAUCGCCGACGAGAAGGGCGACGGCGAUCGGCUCAUGGGCGAGUGGCGCGCAUCGACCCAUGAUGCGCGCGGGUGGACGGAGCAGGACGAUACACGUGGGAGUGCGGUGGACGAGUGGGCUUCGUACGCUGGCGGGACGAGCGAAGUGCGGGACGAUAGCGCGGGCGAGGCGGGAGCUGUGGGCAUGCACGAGACGGGCGCAUGCCUAUGCACG